AUGAUAGCCACCGGAGGUGUGAUCACGGGCUUGGCCGCCCUCAAGAGACAAGACUCGGCCAGAUCCCAGCACCACAUCAACCUCAGCCCGACUCCCACCACCCAGGAAAAGAAACCGGUCAGGCGAAGGCCACGGGCUGAUGUUGUGGUUGUCCGGGGCAAAAUCCGCCUUUAUUCCCCAUCUGGCUUCUUCCUCAUUUUAGGAGUGCUCAUUUCCAUCAUCGGAAUUGUCAUGGCUGUCCUGGGAUACUGGCCUCAGAAAGAACAUUUCAUCGACGCGGGAACAACGUUGUCAACGAAUGAGACUCAGGUCCUUCGGAACCACGGUGGUGUGGUGGUGCGCUUCUUUGAGCAGCAUUUGCACUCAGAUAAAAUGAAAAUGCUUGGCCCCUUCACCAUGGGAAUUGGUAUUUUCAUUUUCAUAUGCGCGAACGCCAUUCUUCAUGAAAACCGGGACAAAGAGACGAAAAUCAUUCACAUGCGGGACAUCUACUCCACCGUCAUUGACAUCCACACCCUGAGAAUCAAGGAGCAAAAGCACAUGAAUGGCACCUACUCCGGUGUGGGGGGCGAGGCUGAAGUGAAGCAGAAUGGGAGAGCCUGUGCCUCUCGAUUGGCGGCAAAUACAGUCUCCUCUUUCUCGGGGUUGAGGAGCAGUUUUCGAAUGGACAGCUCUGUGGAGGAGGAUGAACUGAUGCUCAACGAAAGUAAGAGUUUGGGGCAACUGAUGCCCCCUUUGCUCUCUGAGAGCUCUGUGUCUGUCUUUGGCCUCUACCCACCUCCUUCCAAGGCAGCCGAGGAAAAGACUAGCAGCUCUAAGAAAUGUGAAACCAAGUCAAUUGUGUCGUCUUCUAUUAAUGCUUUUACACUUCCUGUGAUCAAACUUAAUAACUGUGUUAUUGAUGAACCCAGUAUAGAUAACAUCACUGAGGAUGCUGACCACCUCAACAGUAGAUCCAAGAAUUUGUCAAUGGAUUCCCUCGUGGUCCCUCUGCCCAGUGCUGGUGAAUCCUUCCAGCCCAUCAGUACCAUGCUCCCGAGGAAUAAUUCCAUUGGGGAGGCGUUAUCCAUUCAGUACAAGUCAUCUGUGGCGCUUGGUCCCGGGGCUGGGCAGCUCUUAUCACCCGGGGCUGCUAGAAGACAGUUUGGAUCCAACACAUCCUUGCAUUUCCUUUCUUCUCAUUCAAAAUCUUUAGACUUAGACCGGGGUCGAUCCACCCUCACGGUUCAGGCAGAGCAAAGAAAACAUCCAAGUUGGCCUCGGCUGGAUCGGAGCAACAGCAAAGGAUAUAUGAAGCUAGAGAACAAAGAGGACCCCAUGGAUAGGUUGCUGGUGCCCCCAGCCGCCAUCAAAAAAGACUUCACCAAUAAGGAGAAGCUUCUUAUGAUUUCAAGGUCUCAUAACAACUUAAGUUUUGAACACGAUGAGUUUUUAAGUAAUAAUCUAAAGCGAGGAACUUCUGAAACAAGGUUUUAAUGUUGCCAAGUAGAACAUUUUCUAAGGGUAUAUGUUUGAACAGUAUUUUCACCAUGACUUCCUUCUGAGAGGACUGGCUGGGAGCGUUUUUUAAUCAAAUGGUUUGUAAUGUAUUAGAACCGGCGGCUUAAUUCUGUGCUGGAUAUGGUUGUAUGUUCCAGUCAGUGAGGACUGCAGUACUCUAGAUGAUCACACAUGAGUUUUUUCCCAUUCCUUUAAAAAGCAUGAUCUCCUUUAUUGAUGUGAAUACAAAAGCACUUGCAUCCCAAUUAAAAGUUUUUCUUUACUUUUAAGUUCUUUCAUUGUCAUAUUCAUAGAAGGAAAUAUUUAGAAGGAAAACUUAGGGUACCAAACAGUCAGGCCCAACUCUCAAUCUAAGUUUGUAAAUAGGGUCUCAGGAUGUGAUUUUCUGAAUGACUGGUUUUUAUAAAGAACUGGAGAAAUUAUUUAAAAGAAGAAGGAUCUAGUUUAUAUGUGGUCUGUGUAAUAUGAGUUAAGUUGGUUGUGAUUCUUACUCUGAGCUUUAAGGUAGGCGGCAUUUUUUUUAAAAUGUCAGUUGUAGUGAUAUCAAGAAAUGAUAUAUUCAAGAGCCAGGGCUAAAAAUUCCAGGCAUACAUAAGAGACAAAUCCCAAAUAACUAUUAGAACUAAUGCUAACUAUUCAGAAUCAAAAUUUGUUUGCACAAAUGAACCUAUGUCACUUGUAGAAAUGCUAUCUUGAAAUAAUUGUACACAUGAAGAAAAUAU